ACUGUCUCUGCUUUGAUAAGAACUGAAGCGCGAAACUGAAGCGCGACAAACCCUGGCAAGUUAGGGUUUCAAACGAUACCCGCACUCGCCGCCGCCGGAGUUCCUCAGCACAGCCGCCAUCACAGCUACAAUAGCCGCCCUCUUUCUUCUCGUUUCGAGGUUCAGUUUUUGCAAUUCUCUCCCACUCGCUUGUUUAGUUUCAGAGAAAGUUUCUCUUCUUUUCAAAACUUGAAUCAUUUUUUUAGCAUUGCUUCGACUUUAUUAUGUCUUUGCUCGAAGUCAUCACCAAGGCUUCGGCCAAUCCUAAUCAACUCACCCUCGAAACGAACUAUCCCAUCAUCCUGAACCCAGAUCCGAUUUUUCUCAACUUGAAGCCCAAAAACGAUGAAUCAAACGACACAUCACUCGUCAAACGCGUCGAGGGUUGGAAAAUUUGGCAAAACGAUUCUGAUAUCAUCGAUUUAGGCCAAAUAUUCUUCAAAAAAUUGAAGCGAAAUCUCAAAAACCCUAGCUCAUUCGGUAAGGAUGAGUUUAUUGGGAUCUUGAAUUCAUAUUUGGAGAAGAACAGCGAGAAAGUUGGAAUUUUUGUUGGGGUUGAUUCUUCUGAAGAGGGUUAUACCCGUAAAUUGAUCAAAAAGGUGGGGUUUUUGAUGAGUCGUCAAGUUAAGGGUCUGGUUUUGGAGGCUUGUACUGUAUUGGAGCUCUGGGAGUUGUUGGAAACCCUAAUAGUUUGUGGAUUAGUUGAACGUUUGUGCUCUUCAAAUUUAGUUCAUAAUUUGAUCGAACAGAGGAGGUCGGAUUUGAUUUGUUUAUGUGUUAAGCAUCUUUCAGACCUUCAAACAUUGGAUGUAGUUUCAAUUUUGAAGUACUUUCUUUCACCGAGUAAAGGUGCAUAUAGUAGUAUGCUAAGUGUGAGGAAGGAAUGGGAGAGCCAAGCUUUAUUGGCUAUGGAAAAGGCGAUGGAUAAGAAACUUAGUGGGAAGAAACUGAACUUGGCGAAAGAGGCCUCGGUUCUGCUCAUGGUAGCGCACGAUGAGUUUUCAAAUCCUGAAUUGUGCUUGCAUUAUCUGCUUGCAUCUUCAAACCUUGAUGAGGUGAUUUUGUCUUCCUGUAUUAGCAAGUUGAAUGGUUCGGAGAUGAUGGGAUUGAUUCAGUACUUGGGAAAGUGGUUGAAGAAGUAUGAGAGAUUUCCUCAAGUGUGUCCGUGUCCUAAAGCGUCAUCUAUGUUGGGGUUGAAAGCUUGUGAAUGGGUCCCUACACUCGAAGACAUUGUGAAAUGUCUCGGGCUAGUGGUGGACGAGCAUUUCUCUUCGUUGGUGUUGCAUCCCGAGUUCCAUGAAGAGUUGAGGUCUAUAGAUGGACUUGUUAAUUCUUUAGCUCUGGAAGCUAGACUCUGUUGUUCCAUGGCAAAUCUAAUUGAAACUUUGAGAACUGAAGUUAGAGGUUAACCAUCACUUGGCGGCUCUGGAAAGUGACUGAAAAAGGGGAGAACGAUUCCCAUGAGGUUUUUAGGAACAUUCAAUAGAGGCUAGUUUGCGCUUCAACAAUGCAACGUUGAAAUUGCAUGUUUGUGGCACAUGAGAACUCAGUUACAUUUGAUUCUUGUUUUCCUCCAUCAAAAGUAUUGUACUUUAAUUUUGAGUCUACCAUUCGCAGCAAUUGAUUAUUUGGUAAAAGUCUCAUGUUUAAAUUUUGAGUUCAUCAUUCAUACAGUUUAUCAGAA